ACUAGCUUCUGAAAACGGAUUCGCCUGUGUUCCCGUGGAAUAUUUUUUAUGUCGUCUGUAAAGUGUAGUCUGUAAACGAGCUCAUGUAUCGCCUGAUGGUAUGCAAUCGCCAUCGCCCAUGGAUACCGGAAACAUCAGAGGCGUUACAAGUGCAUCGCCGGGUCUUUUGGGAGUUAGGAAUUUAAGGGUUGUUGGAAAAUCGGGGGUUGGAAAGUAUAGCAACGCAAGCGUUGUUUCGUUGAUGAAAUGAUGGCCCAUAUGUUAUUUCAGACUAUACAAAAAGAUAAAUAUACUAUAAGUAGAAAUAUGUGGGACACAUACCACAUAUUUCUCACAAGUUUCUUUUUCAGUCACAAGGCGAUCCUUUUUCCAAGAUUAUUCAUUCCUAAAUCCAUAAAAAAUCAUAAUAAAUCAAAAAUACAAACACGAUCUCAGCUAAAGUCCUUCCUAUAUUUAUAAGCAAAAGGUGUCAUAAAUCAGAAAUAUAUUACAAUAACGUAUGUGCGUUUAUCUUUCGCUAUAUUCCAAAAUCUGAGCGUAGUAUUUCCAUGAUAUUCCCUUCUAGCAUAUCUUGGCAAUAAAAUCAGAUACAAUGACACACUGACAUCAAAGAUUUCUGGCGCAACGUGUUUUUUCCUCAUCCCGAUUUGAAGAGAAAAUAUAGAAGAAUUUAUCCUCGUAUUUUCCUCUCAAAGGCAAGAUGGGGUUAUAUUAACGCACCCUGUAAAUCUUGCUGCAUGCAUGUCAUGCCUUUCGAGUUUUAUUUCUCGUCUUUUGUAAAAGGAAUAAAAAAGGUCAAGUCAAAGGAUAGGGUUAGACGGAGGUGCAUAAAUAAAUUGCAUUGUUUUUCAAUGCUUAUGUUAUGAUGUUGUGGUUGCUUGGAGUUUUAAGCUCGCUCCUCGCUCGCAUGAGGGCGGGCGUUCGAAACCUAUCAACAGCAAGUACCAAUGUGAUUUUUUCCGAGUUAUCAAUACCCUAUACUGCUGACCAAAGCCUCAUCUCACAUAGACACCUUCUUCAUGCGGGAAGAGGGUUUGGUCAUCAGUGGCCACUAAUAGGCUGUUGAUAACUCGGAAAAAAUCACAUCAUCACGAUGUGAUGUUAUGAACAACAUAAUAUGUAUAUAGGUAUGUAGGUAGUAUAUUUCUAUUAAAUGUAUUGUUCAUAAUAGUUUUGAGAGAUUUUAUUGUUAAAUUGCAAUAACAUGUAGCAUUUAAACGUAUAAGUAUUGCCGUAUCAUAAACUAGUGGAUACUAACGCAUCGUCUGUUAGACUGUCUGUAUCUUUAAAUAAAUGAACCGAGUUUAUUUUUUUAUAAUUAGCAAGACUGUACUAAGUAGUUAAUUAAUAUUGAUAUGAUUCUCAUUGAUAUUAUUCAACGUAAUGUUUGCCACAUUUCAUUUAGCGAUUUUACCGAUAUCGCCGAUAUCGCAUUCCAUUGUUCCGUAUAAGCCGAGUACACACCGAUGUACUAUCGCGUACUAUGCAAGUUGUACUAAGUCCUUCAUUUCCUAGGUCAUACAUUGAAACAAAACAAUAGUCAGACAUGCCAUGUGUCCAUUGCCCACACUUGUAAGUGUGGCCAUGUUUAUACAAGUAACCCACUACUUGUGUUGAGAUGUUUAAAUAUUUUUUUAACCGACAACGCAGAAUAAAAUACCAUUGUCCUUUAACUCGUUCAAUAGAGUGGUGUCUAUGGGUGUUACACUGUGAAAUGAGGGCUUUGCUCGCCAUAUCUCUCCUCCUAGUGUGUUUUAUGGAUCAAAGUUAUGCUACGUUCGCGGAAUUUAUGAACAAUCUGCCCGCUGAGAUUGUGCAACACGGGAAUGAGACCUGUAGUGUUGCAGAGACUACGGUAACAGCUUCCCAUCAGACCGCCUUCAGUUCAGCUUGGGAUUCAAUUACUGAUGUUAUCAAAAAGCCAGUCAGGAUAAAGCGACUUGGUCCAGGAGAACUAAAAACAACGACGUCUACCGAUGAACCGAUUAAUCGUCAUAGAAGAAUACUGAUGCGGACGAGAACGACACCGAUUAUUGAUCAUUAUGAGUACACAGAAGCUCCUACAGAAGGCGCCAAAGUAACACUGCCACUACUGCUAGCUCCCACGUUCCAAAACUACCAUGAAUGGAGUGAUCUACAAAAAGCCUACUACACAAGACAUAACCUCCCGAGGAAGCUGAAAGUUAAAAACAAAAAUUUGAUAGAAGAGGAUGUCCCGAUCUGGGCACCAGAUCUUUGGUACUUGGCACCAGACGGCCCUAACUGGGCACCAGGUGGUACGACUUCGGCACCAGAUGAUGAUGCUAAUAAAGAUGAUGAUGAUGAUGACGAUGACGAUGAAGAAGAAGAAGAAACUACUUUUGAUUACACGAAGGAAGAAAAGAAAAAAAUACAUCAGCUUCUUUAUUCGAUGGCAAAGAAAAAGUUUUCUAAUAUUAAAAAAAUAGACGCUCCUAGAAAUGACCCGACGUUAGGGUUGUGUAAAUUUUUGAGUCGUCUUUACGCUUCGAACUAUGAUAACUAUAAUAGAAAAGACCCCACCUAUUAGUUGUGACGUCACAUAGUGACAGAUGCGACCAAUCGCAGUGAAUAGUUUCGUGAGUGACAGCUAAAAUCAGACUGUGAUCAAAUUGUUAAUUAGUGAGAUUAGACAUUUAAAUUUAGAAACUGU